AUGCUUUCGGCAUUCACAGCUCGGCCAAUCAUAGAGCUGAAGCAACGGGAUAAGUCCAAGAUUGAGACAAUCCUCGCGCAUGGCGAUCGUGUUUUUGUAGGCCUUAAUAGCGGAGCCCUUCGCAUCUACCGCCUCAACGAGUUGCCGCCUCCGUCACCGACCGAGGCCAAUGGCUCCUCUCAACCCAUCACGGCGAGCCCGCAGGACGCAACCGAAACGACCCCGACUACGGAACAGCCGAAGAAACCUACGGACCUGCUGCGCGAGGUGGAAAAGUUCUCAAACAGAGCGAUUGAGCAGCUCGCCGUCAUCAAAGAAGCCAACACUCUCGUCUCGUUGUCAAACUACUACGUAUCCCUCCACGAUCUCGGAACCUACGAGCCCUUGGAGACUCUAUCGCGAACGAAGAAUGCUACCUGCUUUGCCGUCACAUCAAACAUUGUAAAAGAUGCAGCGACCGGAAUACCAGAGAUUAUAAGUCGCUUGGCAGUGGCUGUUCGCCGUCGGUUGCUGCUAUGGAGCUGGCACGAAAGCGAGUUGAGCGCCGAUAUUGGGGAAGUCACGCUGCCGGAAUCGAUACGAACCGUUACAUGGGCUAGUGCGACAAAGAUUGUCUGUGGAAUGAAUGCGGGAUACGUUCUGGUAGACGUAGUUACCCAUGAGGUCGAGGAUAUCAACAGCCCAGGGUCCGCGGCAUCGGGUGGGCAGGCUAGUCGUUUUGGAGCGGUAAGCAGCGCUGGAAUGGGCUACAUGGGCCUCGGAGGAUACAUGCCCAAACCGCUUGCUGCGAAGCUGGCCGAGGGCGAGCUACUGCUAGCCAAGGAUGUCAACUCCAUGUUCAUUACGGACGAAGGGAAGCCAGUCGAAAAGCGACAAAUCCCGUGGCAAGCGGCUCCCGAGCAGAUCGGCUACUCGUAUCCAUACAUCCUCGCAUUGCAAGCUCCGGCAAAAGGCUCGCUUGAAGUCAGGAAUCCAGAGACGUUGCAUCUGUUGCAGACCGUUCCUCUCCCAGGCGCGGCGCAACUUCACUUUCCGCCACCCAAUGUUAGUCUCGCUCACGCGGGUAAGGGAUUCCACAUUUCUAGCGACCGAUGCGUUUGGAAAAUGGGCGCUACCGACUAUGAUUCGCAAAUCGACGAGCUGGUAGAGAAGGGCAAAUACGACGAGGCUGUCAGCAUCCUUGACAUGCUAGAGGAUGCCCUCCUCCGCAAUAAGAAAGAAACUCUCCGAGAAGUCAAAAUGCUGAAGGCUGAAAUGCUUUUUAAGCAAAAGAAGUUUUACGACUCCAUGGACCUCUUCAACGAGGACGAUGUUCAUGCCCCACCUCAGCGAGUUCUAAAGCUUUUCCCGCCCUCCAUCGCCGGAGAAAUGUCCGGUUGGGCCCACGGAGCGCAGCCGGGCGAGUCUGGCAGCGAUGAGAAAGACGGCGAGGAGGAACCGCCGCAGAAGACAAACGGGGACAAGCCCAAGGAGGAUGCAGCGGGAACACCCGCAUCUCCUGCUAAAGGAGGCGUUGGGUUCGCCAAGCUAUUCAUGGGUCAUCGAAAACCGGUGCAACCAGAUGCUGCUUCGAUCAUAUCCAAGAAAGACACGAUAGAUGUCGAGGAGACAGGAAGCAUCAAAAGCAAACCUACUGAAAACCAGCCGCUUGAAGGUGAGGAGCUCUUGGCUGCCGUUACAUCGCUGGCUGGAUAUCUCGUCGGAACGAGAACGCGGCUACAACGGGUGAUUGACCCGAGCACCGGCAAGCUGAAGCGGACGGACACGAAUGGCACCAACGAAGAGACAAUGAAGAGCUUCAUGUCGGGCUCGCACGACGAUGAAUCAGGUAGCCAACUUGAGGGAGAGAUCCGGAGGACAUCCCGAAUUGUCGACACCGCUCUGUUCCGGACUUACAUGAUGACCAGGCCUGCUCUAGCCGGCCCCCUUUUCCGCCUCCCGAAUUUUUGCGAUCCAGACGUCGUCAAUGAGGCACUGCUUUCACACAGCCGAUACAACGAGUUGGUUGACUUCUUCAGCGGCAAGAAGCUUCACUCACAGGCUCUUGAGCUCCUCAAGCGCUUUGGGACCGCCGAGAAACCCGACGAGGCUGCACCGGGGCUGCAUGGGCCUCAAAGGACAGUCAUCUAUCUUCAAACAUUGCCGCCAUCCGAAAUUGAUCUCAUCCUGCAAUACUCGGAAUGGACUCUGAGAGCGGAUCCAAAGCUGGCCAUGGAAGUGUUUAUUGCCGACUCCGAGAACGCCGAGACGUUACCGCGUGGCCGGGUUGCUCGCUUCCUUGGUGGUAUCGACCCUGGAUUAGAGGUACAAUACCUGGAGCACAUCAUCUCCGAGCUUGACGAGUCAACUCCGGACUUUCACAACCGUCUGGUCGAGCUCUUCAUUAAGCAUUUGAAGGAAAAGAAACGGGACGAUGAAUGGGAUGCGGAGAUGGAUCGUUUCGUGCAAUUCCUAAAGACCAGCAGCCAGUACAGCCUUAGCAAGGCAUUCAGCCUCAUCCCACGCGAUGAUGCUGCCUUCUACGAGGCUCAAGCCAUAGUGUUGAGCAACAUGGGCUCUCAUAAGCAGGCGCUGGAAAUCUACGUCUUCAAGAUGAAGAAUUACGCAAAAGCCGAAGAGUGA